UCAAGUUGUACAGUAUAAACCAUAUGGCUUCAAACGUCGGAGUGGACACAUUAAUCGGCACUAUUCUCUUAACGCUGGUGUUUAUAGAACGAGAAAAUUAAUGUUAUUUUUAGGACAUGAAUAUAAUGUACAGAUUCAUUCGCUAUAAACUUGCAUAAAUAAGGUAGGUGGAGACCUGUCUGCAUUUGCUUCCUUAACAUUGCUCUGAUUAAGAACUUGGACGCUCAAACACAAUGCAGACUCAAUAUAUUUCGCUGCGUUUGUCAACGAUGCAUGGAACGCUGACUGUUGUCUUACUGACUGCUUGCAUCAUAAUGAUGUCUUUACUGAUGUCUUCUAAUUUUACACUGCGUGAACCAGUGUGUGAGACAGUCCCAAAGAGACAGGCGUACAAGGUACUGAACACCCGCUUCCAAGGGAAACACCACAGGCAACCCAGCGCGCGCAGGUUUGACGCCCAAAUUACAAGCGCAGACAUGUUUGAGGACUUGGGUUCUAGCCAAAUUAACGCUACCGAUCCCAGAUUAUUGAAGCUCCUUCGCCAAAAAUGGCUACUUGCUCCCUCUAGCCGGCCAUUCCAUUUGGCAAAUCCAGAGAAGGUACACGCGUCCCAGAUAGAACAAUCACAGGUAGUUGAUAGGCUACUGGAGCAAAGAACGAACGGGUUUUUUGUUGAGGCAGGUGCGGCCAAUGGCGAGAUUUUUUCUAACUCGCUGUUCUUUGAGAGGUUUAGGAACUGGACGGGACUUCUCGUUGAGGCAGAUCCGUGGUCCUUCCAUGACAUGGCCGGGAAACACAGGAAAUCGUAUAUAAUCAACUCCUGCCUGUCCCUGGGGCCUCACCCAGAGCGCACAGAAUUCACGUUCGCCAGAGAGUUAGGUGGCAUAAGUCAGACAGCGUACGUUAUUCCAACAAAUGAACAAAGCACGUUGCGUGGCAAAGGAUUGCCGCGGUGUUUCCCAAUACACUCCAUCCUGGCCGCGCUGGGCGUCACCCACGUGGAUUACUUCUCCUUGGACGUCGAGGGGGCCGAGGUGGAGAUUCUGAAGACGUUCCCCUGGGAGGACAUCACCGUGGACGUGUGGUCUAUUGAGUACGCUGUUCACGGAGGGGGAGGGGACACCCCCAAGCGUCUGCAAGCAAUUAGGGAGAUUUUCCAAAUGACUGGGGCGUACGUGGAGGUGGAUUUUCCCAAAGGACAGGAUGUUUUAUUUGCUAGAAAAGAGAUACUUGGCAAAUGAGGACCCUGUGUCGCUGAUGUGACCAUAUGCAAAGUUGCACUCAGAAAUAACCUUUAUCAGUUUAUUUAGUGAUCAAUCUGGCUAAGUACCGUCGACUUAAGUAUUUUAAGGGAAUGGACUCUCUUAAAAAAAAAACAGGAAGGAAACAGGGCAGUUCACGUAACAGUUAUUUCUGGAUGCGUCAGUGUCGUGUAAAUCAAAAUAUAAUCAGGGAAAACUCUAGCUUGCUCUAGUUCUACUAUACAAAAAAAGAAAAAAAAAAGAAAAAAAAAAAA